CCAACUCAGAUAAUCGAUACUUGACGCUCAUCUCCAAUUCCAAAAACAAACGCAAAAAUUGCUGAAUUUUUUCAAACGAAAAGGAAGUGUUUUAUUUUUUAUUGUGGAAGCUACUCAAAGGACCCGAAUUUUCAGCAUCAAAAAAAUGUCGCAAGCAGCACCUGAACAAGCUGCAGAGCCGGCAAUGGAGCCCCGACAACGUGUGAACGACUCAACACAUCUCAAGCGUGCUCUAAAUGGCAUGUCUGCACUGAUGCAAACAAAUUUGUCGGAGCCAGCGCUUGAUCUGUGCCUCGAGCUACUUGAGGAUGGAGUGUCCCCCAAGGCUUUGGCUAACAUUGUGCUGCGUGCACAGGAGAUCAAAAGAACAAUGAACAAUGAAAGCCUAAAUACAUAGCGAUAGCCUUAUCGGAAUCGUCACACCACAACACGACUGGCAACUGUUCCGGCCGGCUGGGCCGGAGCACCACGUCACGAGUACCACGUAAUCAGGAGAGAAGCACACUACCAGCACACCACUCAUAAAAAUCACUCGAACAGCUCUUUGAUAGACAAAAUCAAUUAUAUUUAGUAUAAUCGCUCAAUAGCUGACAUUAUCACACACCAUCUAUAAAUGGCCAAUUAAAUUGUUAACUGUUAAUGAUUA